UGCCUACCAGUUCAGUAGCAGUAAUUGCCCGUGGUCACAAGAACGAUCCACCUCUGCCUUCCCCUUCCCUCACUUUAUUGCCCACAAAAUUCGAUCCGAUUCCCAGCGGAGAUGCAGACGUAGACGCAAAGCCCUCCUUCCUCGCGGAUCUUCCGCGUGGCAAGAAUCGCAAUUUCGCCCCAAAUCGAGCCCAUUUUCUCAGCGCCCACCCUACCCUCCGCUGCGGUGCGGUGCGGUCCCACCCUGGGAAGUUGGGGAGGGGAGUUUCGCCUCGUUCACAUCGAUCGAUCGAUCGAUCCAUCCACGUUACAAAACCAACCUCUCUCUCUCUCUUCUUUCUUACACUCUCUGCUGCCUGCCCUCUCUUUUCCCCCUCACACAACAGAUCCUUCUGCUCUGUGGCAUGCAAUUCUUUGAGAAUUGCUAAAAUCUAACCGCCUUUCAGCUCCUCCAUACACCGAUUCUUCCACCAAUGUUGCUCAAGGGAGCCGCAUUUCCGCCUUGCGGUGCCGUCAGCGUCGGCGAGGGCCAGAGGAACACACGCCUCUGCGGCUCGAUUCGUCGGCGGUGCGGCGACGGCGUCGUCCGGUGUGGGGCUCGGAGUGGGGCGCGUUUGCUGCGUGUGGCGGCGGUGGCGACGGGCGAGCCGAAGAGCAAGCCGCAGGAGCCGAGCCUGGCGGACCGGCUUCGGCUGGGCAGCUUGACUGAGGACGGCUUUUCUUACAAGGAGAAGUUUAUUGUGAGGUGCUAUGAGGUUGGAAUUAACAAAACCGCCACCGUUGAGACCAUCGCCAAUCUUUUGCAGGAGGUUGGCGGCAAUCAUGCUCAAAGUGUUGGUUUUUCAACGGAUGGAUUUGCUACUACACCGACCAUGAGAAAACUACAUCUCAUUUGGGUGACGUCUCGUAUGCACAUUGAGAUCUACAAAUACCCAGCCUGGAGCGAUGUUGUUGAGAUUGAGACGUGGUGCCAAGGUGAAGGCAGGAUUGGCACCAGACGUGAUUGGAUUCUCAAAGAUUGUGCCACUGGUGAAGUCAUCGGACGGGCAACCAGUAAAUGGGUGAUGAUGAAUCAAGACACCAGAAGGCUUCAGAAAGUCUCUGAUGAUGUCCGCGACGAAUACCUAGUUUUUUGCCCCAAAACACUUAGAUUAGCUUUCCCCGAAGAGAAUAAUGCCAGCCUGAAGAAAAUUGCUAAACUAGACGAUCCAGCUCAGUAUUCCAAACUCAGGCUUGUGCCUAGGCGAGCUGAUCUUGACAUGAACCAGCACAUAAAUAAUGUCACCUACAUCGGAUGGGUUCUAGAGAGCAUGCCUCAAGAAAUAAUCGACACCCACGAGCUGCAAACCAUAACAUUGGACUACAGGCGCGAGUGCCAGCAUGAUGAUGUGGUCGACUCCCUCACCAGCCCCGAGCCAACAGUGGCUGAAACAGUUUUGGAACUUCAGGGAACCAACGGAUCAUCUUCUCCAGUUGGUAAAGAAGAGAACGACUGCCUUCAGUUCUUGCAUUUGUUAAGAUUAUCGGACAAUGGGUCUGAAAUCAACAGGGGUCGCACUGUGUGGAGAAAGAAACAGGCUAAAAGAUGAGCUUCGCCCAUCCAUCCAUCGUUGUGCCAUUAUAAGCUGUGGGAAUAAUGGGAGCUCCCCCCUUUGCUUGCUCGCCCUAUCUUCGGCCACUGCAUUGCUCCCCCGUCUAUCUCUUCUUUUGUUGUUUCUGAAUUUUCGCCCUCGACCUCGGGUUCGAACUAGACAUUGAUAAUCUAUGUUUGAUGUUUUAUGAUUUGAAGACAUUUGGGAUAUAGAGUGUAUGAUCGAAUGCUCUUAUGGCACACUUCAUGACUUCCUUUGGUUCCUGUAAUUUUCACAUGUUCAAAUCUCAGGGGAAAUGCUUCUGUGGUUUUCAAA